CGGCGGGUGGGGGUGAGGAGGAGGAAGAGGAGGAGGUGAUGUCCCACAAUACCAGGCGGGAGGGCGGGUAGGCGGCUUGUAUCCGGGCUGUGAGGCUCGGAGGCUCUGAGGCUCGGGCACCGCCGCUUCGCUGCCGCCGCUCGCUGUCUCUGGAAGGGGAGAGGAAGCGAUGCGGAGGGGUGGAAAAUGGCAGAGCUGCAGAUGCUCCUAGAGGAAGAGAUCCCGUCCGGCAAGAGGGCGCUGAUCGAGAGUUACCAGAACCUGACCCGGGUGGCGGACUACUGUGAGAACAACUACAUACAGGCUCCAGACAAAAGGAAAGCGCUAGAAGAGACCAAAGCCUACACCACCCAGUCCUUAGCUAGUGUUGCUUAUCAGAUAAAUGCAUUGGCCAACAAUGUGCUCCAGCUACUGGACAUCCAAGCUUCUCAGCUUAGGAGAAUGGAGUCUUCCAUCAACCAUAUUUCCCAGACUGUGGACAUUCAUAAAGAAAAAGUGGCUCGGAGAGAGAUAGGCAUUUUGACAACAAAUAAGAAUACAUCCAGAACUCACAAAAUAAUAGCACCUGCAAAUAUGGAACGUCCUGUAAGGUACAUUCGAAAACCUAUAGACUAUACAGUACUGGAUGAUGUGGGCCAUGGUGUCAAGUGGCUAAAAGCCAAGCAUGGAAAUAACCAGCCUGCAAGAACUGGCACACUGUCGAGAACAAAUCCACCUACACAGAAACCGCCAAGCCCUCCCAUGUCAGGCCGGGGAACAUUGGGGCGGAAUACUCCUUACAAAACCCUGGAACCUGUUAAACCCCCAACAGUUCCCAAUGAUUAUAUGACAAGUCCAGCCAGACUUGGAAGUCAGCAUAGUCCUGGAAGGACAGCAUCUUUAAAUCAGAGACCAAGAACACACAGUGGUAGUAGUGGAGGAAGUGGAAGUCGAGAAAAUAGCGGAAGCAGCAGUAUUGGCAUUCCCAUUGCCGUGCCUACACCUUCGCCACCAACUAUUGGACCAGCACAAAUUUCUGUCCCUCCUCUCUCUGGAGCUCCUCCUGCACCACCACUUCCUCCACCUCUCCUGACGGGCAGUAUGAUAGUGGCCCCGAGUUCAGCUCCUGGUUCCCAGUAUGGCACAAUGACCAGGCAGAUUUCUCGACACAACUCUACUACUUCUUCGGCAUCUUCGGGUGGAUACAGACGAACUCCCUCUGUGACUGCUCAAUUUUCUGCUCAACCUCAUGUUAAUGGCGGUCCUCUUUAUUCUCAAAAUUCAAUUUCUAUUGCUCCACCCCCUCCCCCUAUGCCUCAGUUGACUCCACAGAUACCUCUCACAGGCUUCGUGGCCAGGGUGCAGGAAAACAUUGCUGAUAGCCCUACACCGCCACCUCCUCCUCCACCAGAUGAGAUUCCUCUGUUUGAUGACUCCCCUCCUCCACCGCCACCACCGCCAGUUGAUUACGAAGAUGAGGAGGCCUCGAUCGUUCAGUAUAGUGAUCCAUAUGCAGACGGAGAUCCUGCCUGGGCCCCUAAGAGCUACAUCGAGAAAGUUGUUGCUAUAUAUGAUUAUACAAAGGACAAGGAUGAUGAGCUAUCUUUUAUGGAGGGUGCAAUCAUUUACGUUAUAAAGAAGAAUGAUGACGGAUGGUAUGAAGGAGUCUGCAAUCGAGUGACUGGCUUGUUCCCUGGAAAUUACGUUGAAUCAAUCAUGCACUAUACUGAUUAAAAUUUUUUGCUUUUGAAGUGGGAUCUUGUAUUCAAUCAUACUGUGGGACAACUAUAAUGGUGAACAGAUCUGUCUUACUGUUUUAAAAUGUGCCCAUAUUUUCAGGACAUGCUGUUUAUCAGUAUGAUCGAAUGUCCAUCCAUGAGCAUAACUUUUGGGAGACAGUUUAUGUAUUGCUGAUGAGCAUUUUGUACAAAUAACUGUCUAUAACAGGUUAUGCUUAUGUAUUUGCUUAUGCAUUCUUAAUUUUAUGGCCAGCCUAAAUAUUCUGGGGAAGUAGGGUUUAGUAUUUAAUGAAUCAUGAUUCCAGUUGUGCCAUUACGUUUUUCAGUGCAGCAUGGUAACUAACACUACGUUAGACUAACAAAAGUUUAAUGCUAGUGCUGGUCAUACUUUUGUUUAGUUUCUUGCUCAUUUUUGAACUAUACUAUUUGUUUAAAGCAUGCAUACAAACUUAUGUAUUGAAAUAUACUUUAAAAAAAAUCCAAGAUGCUUCCAAUUUGUUGUAAUCUUUACUUAGAGUACUCACACAAAAAUUUCUUAAAUUGUUGAGUCUCUAAGGUAUCCAUGUGAAACAAAACUGGGUGGUCUUCUGUAUGUUGUAAUUUGUACCUAAGUUUUUUUAAAUGAGUGAAUUUGCAUUUUCACUUUUUCCAUUCAUAAAUACAUAAGUGAACCAAAGGUCUUGUCCUUUCCUUCAUUGGUUUGCUUUUUAAAAAAUAAAAAUAUGGAUUUAUUGCAGAAUAAUGCUUCUAUUUUCUCAGCACAUUCUCCAUAAACAAAAAAUUGGUGUAAGCCUUAUAUUAACUUGCCCUGACUUAGAAGAAAGUGAUUUAUUUUGGACAUUUAAAAUAUAAAUUCCUUUUCUAAAAUUUUCUUUCAAAGCUAAGAUGUUGUAUAAAAGGGAUCAGAUUAUUGUAAUUAAAAUUUACACAAGAUUGUCUAAUUAUGGGGGUCCAAUUUACUGCCAUACCAUUCCAUGAGUUUUACAGCUGCCUUUUUUCAGGUACUAUUGAUCAAAUGCUGGUUCAGUAUAAGGAAAUUGGAACACCAUUUACAGAUAACUUUUGUAAGAGUGGAUGCUGUAGACUUUUGUACUGGCUCUAUCAAAUCCAUUAUCUGGCUGUGGCAAACCAAAAGAAGAGCAAGUAGGGAAGACAAUAGUUACUAUGUUAAUUGUGAAAAUAGGGACCAUUCCCAAACUGGAGACUUCAUUUGUCAUUAAAAGUAUCACAUGCACUUUGUGUGUCUCCUCUCGAUUUAAGGAAGGGCUUUUGGUCAGAUCUUCAGAGGUGACGUUUCUGUUCUUUCUUGUCUUGUCCAACUCUGUGUUACUUAGGCUAUCUAAAGUAGAACACGCUAAUGUGGGUGUCUGUGCAUUGAGGGCUUGUUUGGAUUUCAAAGUUUAGUCACUUGUAUCAGGUAUUGCAGAUUUUGGCAGUGAAUGAAAAAGAUCAGUAUAAAACAUUCAUUUUGAAAAUUAGAUAAACACCUUUUAUUUCAUCCUAGGUCAAUGUGACUGCUUUAUUCCUUUGUUUAUUGUAAACAUGAUUUCAAUAUCAUUAGUGAUCAAAUAACUUUCAUUUUGUUGUUAUCAAUUGGAAAGUUUUCUUAAUUUGUAUAUAACCUA